AUGGGGGUCUCACGUCCCGUCCCCAUCCCCACCCAGGAGGUCUUUCGCCGGCACGGGGGCACCCUGCGUGACGGGGAGAAGGUGCUGCGCAUUGAACCCGGGGCCGUGGUCACCGUCACCACUGCGACUGGGGUGUACCGAGCCCCCCGGCUCAUCAUCACUGCCGGACCUUGGACCGGUGCCCUUGUGGCAUCCUUGGGCCUUCACCUGCCGCUGCAGCCAUUGCGCAUCGGCGUCUACUACUGGAGGCAGAAGGAUUCAGGGACUCCCAGCAUGGGCAGAGACAGUCCCUGCUUCUUGACCGUGGGCCUGAGCCAAGCCCCCCACGACAUCUAUGGGCUGCCCGCCCUUGAGUACCCGGGGAUGGUCAAGGUGUGCUACCACCACGGCAGUCCCAUAGACCCCGAUGAGCGGGACCGGGACCCCCCAGGUGUCUCCCACCCCAACAUCGCCCUCCUGAGCAGCUUCAUCAGCAGUUACCUGCCUGGGCUGGACCCCCAGCCAGCCGUGGUGGAGACCUGCAUCUACACAAAUACCCCGGAUGAAGACUUCAUCCUGGACCGGCACCCCAAAUUCAGCAACAUCAUCAUUGGGGCUGGCUUUUCGGGCCAUGGGUUCAAGCUGGCGCCAGUGGUGGGGAAGCUGCUGUGCGAGCUGAGCCUGGGCGAGGAACCAUCCCACAGCACGGCCCCCUUCGCCAUCACCCGCUUCCCCGAUGUGCUCCAGGCUGCGCUGUAG